AUGGCGGAUGCAAGCACCGAACCCAAGGCCGACGCGCCCCCCGCUACCUCUGAGACCGAGCUAGCAACCGGUGAGACAGAGGUUGCCACGACCCCUCAAAAAGACGAGGCUGCGAGCGAAGCCCCCGCCGCGACUGUGACCGAGGAGACCAGCGGCGCAGCCAGCGCCGUCUCCGACAAUGUGUUCUCUAUGUUUGGUGGGGGUGCCAAGAAGGAGAAAAAGGAAGAGGAUGAAGACCGUGGCGACAACUCCGGAUCCGCAAAGGCCCAGAAGGCUGCCGCUGCUGAGGAGAACCCCGAGGAGGAAGCCCCCGAGUCCGAGGAUGUCCACUUCGAGCCCGUCAUCCGCCUCACUGAGAAAGUCGAGGUCAAGACCAACGAGGAGCUCGAGGAACAGACCUUCAAGAUGCGCGCAAAGCUGUUCAAGUUCGUCCGCGAGUCUAAUGAGUGGAAGGAGCGUGGCACUGGCGACGUCAGACUGUUGAAGCACAAGGAGAACGGCAAGACGAGAUUGGUCAUGCGAAGAGACAAGACCUUGAAGGUCUGUGCCAACCACUACAUUGUUCCCGACAUGAAGCUCUCCCCCAAUGUUGGCAGUGACAGAAGUUGGGUGUGGAACGCUGCCGCUGAUGUCAGUGAGGGCGAGCCCGAGGCACAAACUCUUGCUAUCCGAUUUGCAAACUCCGAGAAUGCAAACCUCUUCAAGGAUGCUUUCAUCAAGGCCCAGCAAGAGAACGAGCCGCUGUUCAUCAAACGUAACGUGAAAUUCAUCACGGAACAGCGAAACAUUGAUAAGCCCUCGGAGGUGGAGGGCUUCCCAAUGAAGUCGUGGAACAUUGAGGUCUUCUUGCUAGACGAAGCUGGGAACGAGAAGCCGGCGAACUGUUUCACAAAGGUCACCUACAACUUGCACCCUUCCUUCGUCAACCCUAUUCAGACAUUCACCGAACCUCCGUUCCGCUGCGAAAAUGAAGGUUGGGGAGAGUUCGACAUGACAAUUGACCUGUACACUACGGAGAAGGGUGGCAAGCAUACGCUCGUCCACGAUCUCAAUUUUGCGAAGCCCCGCUACGAAGCAAAGCACCAGAUCACCUUCAAGAACCCGAGCGCUGCGCUGAUCAACCUGCUUCGCGAGACUGGCCCUGUCCCAGGUGAUGAGAAUGGCGCACGAAAGAAGACCGACGCGGAGAAGAAGAGGAAGCGGACCGCUGGCGCUAUCGAUAUGGAGAAGCUGGCAGACGGCUUGGUCAAGUUGAACGAGGAUGAUCUGCUGCAUGUGGUGCAGAUGAUACAUGAUAACAAGACCGAGGAGACAUACACCAAGAACGACAUCGAUCAGGGCGAGUUUCACGUCGAUUUAUACACCCUCCCGGACAAUUUGGUCAAGAUGCUCUGGGAUUUCGUCUCCAAGGAGGUUCGUGCAUGAAUACAGGGGAUUUGGGAUUUGAUACCACAUCAUUGUACUACUGCAAGAUUUCGACUCUCGUGAAGCCAGCUGGACAGGUCCUAGCUUUGUGACUUCUCACUUCUUUCAUCUAUCAUCGGCGUUCUGCUGCAAGGAGAGGGAGCAUGGACCCGGUUCUUAUCAUCUGCGCGAGAUCUCUUUCCCUUUUUUGCUUUUCCCUUUCUCCUUCUUUUCUGUUUUUCGUGCAAUGGAAGGCGUGGCUCGGUCAAUAAGUGGUACUCAUACAUAUCAGUUGAUUUGUAUCUCGGACGGGGCGAAGGCGCAGCUGGUCAGAUCUACGGAAGGGUCUAGCUACCUAGGAAUAAAGCUUGCAAAAAAGAUUUACUUACACACAACCUUGCCACC